CUCUGCAGAUAGGGUUUCUUUCUUUUUUGCAUAGGAUGAAGCCAUAGCUAGCAUUCCACGCUUCUGCUUUUCGUUUUGUCUUUUAACUUGUUUGUUUGGGUGUUACAUAUGAAGUCACGUGAACCUCUUAUUUGCUCUUUCUCUCUUUUAAAACUCGAUCGCGUAGGCCCUUUUUUGCCUUUUCUCUCUAUCAUUCAUCACCUCCCAUCCUGUCUCCCCUAAUCUCAAGCAUAGAUCCUCCACCUUACCUGGACGGCACCAAGAUCACUACGUACUGUUCAUCACUUGAUUGCCUUCUCUCUCUAGCUGAUCAUUCCUCAUGACUUCUAGUAAUUAUUAUUCAUCUCUUUAUCCUUUUCCUAUUGACCUUAAUGAAGACGAUCAACACCAACAGCACCAGCUUUUCAGUUUAAAAUCCCAACCUUCUUCAUCGUCUUCUUCUCCUUCUUUUACUUGUCCUAUUUUCUUCAACCCAACUGUUCAAGAUCAGCAAGCCGGUUAUUAUCAAAGGGAACCCCAGCAGUUCCAAGAUCAAGAAGAGGAAAAAAUAUAUGUUCCACAAGAUGGACCAUUGGAGAGUGACAGUGGGCUCAAGUUAUCAAUAUGGAAAAAAGAAGAAAGGGUUGAAAGUCAUCAAAGUCAUGAGAAUGUUAGUUCAGCUAAGUGGAUGUCUUCAAAGAUGAGGAUGAUGAGGAAGAUGACGAGCUCAGAUCACACCGAUUUAUGGAAUAGCUCUACGCCAAAAUUCGAAGAUCAUCAGAAGCAGCAGCCAUCAACAUCUCCAGAUAACAGCAGCAACUCUUCUUACAAUAACAAUAACAACAACACAAUUAGGGUUUGUGCUGAUUGCAACACAACUAAGACUCCUCUUUGGAGGAGUGGACCUAGAGGCCCCAAGUCCCUUUGCAACGCCUGUGGAAUUCGACAAAGAAAAGCAAGAAGAGCUAUGGCUGCAGCAGCAGCAGCGGCGGCCAAUGGCACUGUUGUUGCAGCUGAGACAACGCCAACUAUGAAGAGUAAGGUUCAACAAAAGGCCAAGAGAUCAAGUAAUGGUUGUGUUCCACAGUUCAAGAAUAAAAAGUGCAAACGUAGUCCUCAGUCUCAUGGUAGAAAGAAGCUUUGUUUUGAGGAUUUGAGGAUAAUCUUGAGCAAGAAUUCAGCUUUUCAUCGAGUUUUCCCUCAGGAUGAGAAAGAAGCCGCGAUCCUGCUGAUGGCCUUAUCGUAUGGACUUGUUCAUGGUUGAAAUUUUUCUCACAGCUAGGCUCAUAUAUUUUGUUGUUUUCUUAGGUUUAAUAAUGUCAGGAGUACUACCUAGCUAUAUAAAUGUCUGAAACUUUAGUUAAUUUUAUGAGUGAGUGAGGAAUUAAGAUGUGAAUGGGUGUGAGGGAAACAUAAUUGGUCAAAUAAACAAAAGAGAUCAAAGUUGCAUAGAGAUCUUUAGAGCUUGAUCAGGUGGAUUUGAACAGGUUGAUAACCAAAAUUAUGGAUCCACCUCUGGUUUAUCUACGUAGGUCCUAUUAUUAUGUUAUGAACUUCAAUAAUUCAAGGCUUUAUU